AUGGUCGAUGAUCGAGAACCUGACGUCGCCAUUGAAGAAUGUGUACAAAGCAAACGACUUUAUCACCAUACAACCUAUCACCAUAUAUCUCCUGAAGAACGAUCCCUGAUUCAGCAGCAACUACUCGAAUGGUACGAUCGUGAGAAACGUACGAACAUGCCCUGGCGUAAAGAAUACCGCAAUGAUCUCGAUCGCGAGGCGCUUGGUCAGCGAGCUUAUGAAGUGUGGGUCAGCGAGAUUAUGUUGCAGCAGACUCAGGUCGCCACGGUCAUUGACUAUUACAAUCGAUGGAUGGAGGCUUUUCCUACUAUAUUUGAUCUUGCAAAGGCGGAUAUUGAGCGCGUAAAUACUCUAUGGGCUGGUCUCGGUUAUUACUCUCGUGCACGUCGAUUAUGGGAAGGAGCUCAAAAAGUGGUCAAGGAAUUUGAUGGCAUUCUCCCGAAUAAUGCAAAGGAUCUUCAGCAUCAUAUACCAGGAGUGGGUCGUUAUACAGCAGGAGCCGUAGCAUCCAUUGUAUUUGGUCAAGAGACGCCUGUUGUGGAUGGCAAUGUUAUUCGAGUGAUUGCUCGUCUUCGUGCAUUAGGUGCGGAUCCAAAGAAGGCAAACGUGGUGGAACUUUUUUGGGAGAUUGCAGAAGGUCUGGUGUCUCAAAGUAGGCCUGGCGAUUUCAACCAAGCAUUGAUGGAAUUGGGAGCACGCGUGUGUACACCUCAGGGGCCUGACUGUGGAGCGUGUCCAAUCAAGGCACAAUGUCAUGCUUAUGCACAGCUUGAAACUCACUCACGGCUAAAAGCAAACGGGUUUUGGAAGGCGACACCUGCUGGACAAAAGCGGAAACGCGAUAUGGAACAUGAAUGCAAGUAUUGUUUGGAAAUCCAAACCGAUUUGACAGAUGAGGACUAUGCAGUGACAAGAUAUCCAGCAAAACCAGAAAAGAAAAAGCCGCGGGAUGAAGAAUGUGCAGUUUAUAUCCUUCAAUCUAAUCAAGCCAACAAUGACCGAUACCUGAUAUCCAAACGACCUGAGACAGGUUUGUUGGCUGGGCUCUGGGAGUUUCCAAGUUUGGAACUUGAUGCGCUGGAUACGACUUAUGAUCAACGAGCAGCCAAAGCGACCGAAUUUCUGAAGGAGCGAUAUGGCAUUUCAAUACCAUCAUCAAAGGAUGCUUCCUUGCAACGACAUGACCUUGGCAACGUGGUGCAUCUUUUUUCUCAUAUACGCAAGGUGUAUCAUAUCGAAUGGAUCAAAAUGGAUUUGGAUCAAGAAGCGAUGGAUAUGGCUGUUGCCAUGGCUGUAUCAAAGAGCGACAAGGACCAAGCACGUUGGGUCGACCUGCAAGAAUUGAAAAAGUCACCUAUACCCACAGGAUUGAAGAAAGCGAUUAAGCUGAUGGAGAACUUUGAAAAGACCUCAAACAAUGGGAAAAAGAGCGCAGCGACAAGGACAAUGCGGAAGCAAGCAUCCAAAACAUCGUCGUCGGGAAACAAUGCGGACAUUUCGACGUUCUUUCUAAAGAAAUAA